AUGGUCUAUAGUAAUAACUCUUUGAACGAUAAUAAUAAUGUAUUUUAUGAGGAAGAAGAAGCUCGAGAGUGGAAACAGCCGCGUUCGCAACAAAGGCAUGAUGAGUGUGCCACAUCUCCUUUUAGAAGAAUGCCUGAUGAAAUAUGGCUGAUUCCACCAAAUAUCGAUGUAAAAUUAGUUCUAGGUGAUAGGAAGAUCAAUUUAUCACGUAUUGAAGAGUCAACAAAUACGCACAUGAGUUAUAAUGAUACUGAAGGGCAAAUUGAAAUGUGGGGAACGCGUCGUGAUCUCGAUCAAGCUCUUAUGCAAUGGAAUACGAUCGCUAUGAAUAUUCACGAU